GGUUCGAUUCCACUAUCCAGUGUCUUCAAAUUUUGGGUUCGCCUAUGAUGAUUAUUAGUAGAAAUCAUAAAAGACAGCUAAGAGCUAUACAAGUGGCCAAUUAUUUAGGUAGCUUUGUGCAUCUUUGGAUGAAAGUUAUCCAAAGAGAGCCUUCUGCUUAAAGCUAAGUUCCCCUGACAUACAUUAUGUCGAAACAAUUCUUUCUUUUAAUUAAAGUAGAAGACUUGUAGAACUAAUCGCUCAGAAUUAAAGAAGACUUAAAAGAAGUAAAUAUUUAUCCGCACCGCAUCGGACUUCAGAUCAAAGCAAUGAAUGCAAGACAUGUAUCUCUCAUAUACAUAGUUAUCACUCAAACCAUAGUUAUUAAGUGCUAUCUAUUCUAAGUUUCAAGAUGUGAUUUAGGUUAAUUUGUUCGGUAUGGUGUAAACACUGGAUAGGGUAGGUAUUUAACCACGUAAAAAAAUCAAACGAAAAGGGUUAAUUAUUCUGAGCGACAAGAGUUCUCUUUCCAAAAUGGGAAUUUCAUGGAGACAUACGCCAACCAAAUUAAUAAGUAUUAUUAGUACUAUAAUUUAGUCACAUGUCUCCUUCCAAGCAAACUCUCUAUGAUAAGAUAGGAGUAGUAUAUAUAAUAGCUAAUCAGUCUCAUUUUUUCUCAUUCCCAACAUACUCCCCCCCGUUCCCCACUAAUCAUUUCAAACUUCCAACAACAUAAAACACAACGGAGAUUUUCCUCAUAUUAACCAUGGUUUCUGAGAGAAAUUUGUCCAAGAAUGUGUGCAUAAUUGGUGCCGGACCGUCGGGGUUGGUGGCAGCUAGGGAGCUGAGGAAGGAAGGGCACAAUGUGGUGGUUUUUGAACAAAACCAUGAGGUGGGAGGGCAAUGGCUAUAUCAACCUAAAGUUGAACAUGAAGAUCCUUUAGGAAGUAGUAAUGUCCUAAAGGUACAUAGCAGUAUUUAUGCAUCAUUAAGGCUCACUUCACCAAGAGAGAUCAUGGGGUUUACUGAUUUCCCUUUUGUGGUGAAGAAAGGGAGGGAUCCAAGGAGAUUUCCUGGCCAUAAGGAGCUUCUCUUGUAUUUACAAGAUUUUUGUGAAUAUUUUGGGCUAAGGGAGAUGAUAAGAUUCAAUACUACGGUUGAGUAUGUAGGGAUGCUGGAUUAUCCUGAAUUUGGCAAGGACUUGAGAUGGAUUGUGAAGAGCAAAGAGAAGGAAGCAGAGGAACGGGUGGAGGAAGUCUUUGAUGCUGUGGUUGUUGCAACUGGUCAUUACUCUCAACCAAGGUUGCCCAGCAUUAAAGGAAUGGAUGCAUGGAGAAGAAAGCAGAUGCAUAGCCACAUUUACAGGGUUCCAGAACCCUUUCGGAAUGAGGUAGUUGUGGUGGUUGGAAACUCACUAAGUGGUCAAGAUAUAGGAAUGGAGCUUGUAGAUGUGGCAAAGGAGAUCCAUCUCAGUGCCAAAUCUCUUGAUGUUUCUGAAGGAUUGUCAAAAGUUAUAUCCAAGCACCAAAAUUUACAUCUUCAUCCUCAGAUAGAUUCAUUACAUGAAGAUGGGAGGGUAUUGUUCGUAGAUGGUACUUCAAUCGUUGCAGACACUAUCAUAUACUGUACAGGGUACUCCUACUCCUUUCCAUUUCUUGACACCAAAGGAAUGGUAAUAGUUGAUGAUGAUAGAGUGGGCCCACUUUAUGAGCACACCUUCCCUCCUUCUCUUGCUCCCUCUCUCUCCUUCGUUGGCAUACCCAGAAAGCUCAUAGGGUUUCCUUUCUUCGAGUCACAAGCAAAAUGGAUUGCCCAGCUGCUGUCUGGGAAAAGAACACUCCCCUCAUGGGAUGAGAUGAUGCAAUCCAUCAAGGAAUUUUAUCGUUCAAGAGAAGUUGAUGGCAUUCCAAAGCAUAAUACCCAUGAUCUAGCUAAUUUUGAGUACUGUGACAAGUAUGCAGACUACAUAGGAUUCCCACAUUUAGAAGAAUGGAGGAAAGAACUCUGCCUUUCAGUACUAAGAAAUGCAGAUAUAAACUUGGAUACAUAUCGAGAUUCAUAUGAUGACAGUGAGAUGCUACAAGAAGCUUAUCAAAGUCCACACUUCGCUCACCUUGGUCCCGAGACUUUUUGAAUCUGAAAGAAUAAACACAGAUAGAGUGCAACCAAUUUUAAUUCAUUUAUUUCUGAAGUAGAUUUGUCCAGCUAUUUAGUAUUUACUAGCUUCUAUCAGAGUGGAUUUUUUUUUUCUUUCUAUAUAUUACUUUCGACUUCAUCCUUACCUAUGAAAAUAAAAAAAGUCAAAAAGGUAUCUGGUUGAAUGCUCGACAUUUUAAUGAUGAUAUUCAUGAAAGAAAUUUUGUUUUCUUUUAUUUAAAUAUUACAGCUGAAGGCUAUUCUCUAAAAAUUAUUGUAUGAUAUGUGAAGUGAAAUCCAUUUAUAAGACCUCACAUUUAUGUUCUGAUUAG